ACGAGAAAAAUAAAAAUGGCUCCGAUACAUAAAAGUAGUAAACUUCGCCAAAAAUAAUUUCCGAAUUUUAUUAAUUUAAUGCAAAUUUUCGUGUGUAAAAAUACUGUGAGUAAAUUAAAGAUAGUGGACGAAAACUUUGAAACAUAUUCGGCAGGCAGAAUAAAUGUGUUGUGUGUAUUUUAAAGUGUUUUGAAUUUCGUGUACUCUUGCCGUCUGUCCUACAAAGAAAAGCACACAGGUACGGUGACAGUGAACACGAAUGUGAAAGCAAAUCGAAAAUAUUCGUAAUUUUUGUGCAACUGUUGGUCACAUAUUGCACAAAUCAAAUCUGAAUCGGGCAAAAUUAGUUUGUAAAUAAAUUCAAAGGAAUAAUUUAUGUGAAAAAGCCUUUUCUAUUAUAUUGUAAAAUUUUAUUACACUCGGUCGGGUCCAUUGAUUGGGUGGCUGCAGAAGAAAAAAGUGCUGGGUGUUUUUGGAUGGGACGAAAAUCUUAUUGGGGGAACAGAUGAAAGUCGCGCCGAAAGGAAACUACAUAAAAUUACAACAAAAACAUAUUUGACGUUUUAUGUUGUGUUUACUGAACAUCGUGGUGGAAUUAAAACUUUUGAAAGGUGGUGAAUACAAGUACGGCUAUCAUGCGCCGCCUGCAUAAAUACAAAAGAAAACAAAAACAAAAAAGUUAUUUAAACUUAAUUGAACUAAGAAAUCAUGAAUAAUUAUAUAAAGAAACAUGUACAUUAAUAAUGAUAUCAAGCAUAUCGAUCUUGGUAAAAAAAAAUAUUGUGAUUUAGUUAAUCACUUGAAAAUUAAGAUCUUUGAAAUUUGGUAAAUGUGGCUUUGCAUUUUGUGCAAAUAUUUAUAAAUGAAAAUAUCAUGUUCCAUAACAUAAAGUUCAAAUGAAAAUAUACAAAGUCCAUAUAAUAUUUAUAAACUUAUUCGGAUUUGUGUCGCACAUUGUAGUGUAAUCUUUAAUUUGAUUAUAAAAAUUGCUUUAUAAUGUCGCGGUGGGGCAAAAAUAUCGUUGUCCCGUUGGACGUGCUUUGUAAAGGAGAAGAAAGCACCAAUCGUCCAACUGUAGCGCGCUCCGUCGGUACUGUGGGUAAAUGGGGCAAAAUAGGAUUUACAUCAACUCGUACCUACGCUUUAGCGGCACUUUCUCCAGCCGUAGCAGCAGCAGCUGCCGCCGCGGCCGCGGCAGCUAGUCCAGCUCAGAGCCCUGCGUCAUUACUGGAUGAUGACUUGUCACCCUCUGUACCGGAACCGCCAAAGCCUAAGAAAUUUUUUAAAUCGCGCAACACUGCACCGCCAGAGGUGAUUGCACAAAUUAUUCAGAAUAUGCCUCGAACACCAGCGUCGCCUGUGCGUGAAAGUUACUCGGCGGGCACUUCAAAUGCAGGAUCAACUAGCACACCAGUCCGCGAACCAAUUAAAUUAAAAAUACCGAAAACAAAUGCUGGAGAACGUAAGAAAAAGUCGCCAAAAAAGACAAGUGCAAAACAAGUGCCAGCGGCCCAAAGUGACGACAACAUUGCCAACGAUGCAUCAACGGCAAUAUCCACUAAGACGGCUAGUGAAUCUAAGCAAAAAAAGAAGAAAGAAGAGAAGAAAUUAAAACCCGAGGCACCGCCUUCACGUGUUAUAGCCCGCGCACGAAAAGUAGUCAACUACUGUGAAGAUGAUGAAGAUGAACGCAUACCAACUCCUCUAAAGGAUAUAAUUUUCCCUAAGGACAAACCUUCGAAGGCCGAAGAAACAAUUGUUUCUCCUGCUGAGAUCAUACAAGAAGCAAUUGUGACGGUACCGGAAUUACCGCCGCCUUCAGCACCCGCGCCCUCAUCUGUUGCUAUUAGUUCGACGAUAAUUGGAAAUGCAGCAAGUACGUCGGCAAUAGUCACACCCACGUAUACACCGAAGACUCCAGAGCAUCCACCAAUAGUGUUGCGGAUUUCAAAAGGUACAUCUCGUUUAGUGAGUACGGACAGCGAAGAACAGCCGGCGAGUAAUAACAUCGCUUCCCCGCAUCAACAAAACGACACGGAGCCAUCAAAAUCCAGACACACCUCCACAGAAGAAGUUCCUUCCGCACACCCGCCAUUGGUACACAAUACGCCAAAGAUUAUUGUAAAACCACUGCGGCCGCCAUCACCCGAACCUGUGUUACCACCGCCUUCCUUUCCCGCUCCCCACACAUCAAACGUAUCACAUCAUAAUUCUGAGGAUCCAUCAGAAAUCAAUUACUCAACAGUAAAGAUUUCCCCUGACAAACCGCCCAAGGAGCGUUUGAAACUCAUUAUAAAAACCGACGUAAUACGGAACGCCAUUAAAGCAGCUGAGGCAGCAAAAGCUGCUGCAGCAGCUCAAAAAGCAGCCGCUGCUGCAGAAGGAGGAACUGGAUCCGGUGGUGAACGUGAUAAGAAACAGAAAAGUAAAAAACAUAAACAUUUGAAGCAUGCGGCUUUAGAGCAGAUUUCAAAUUCUCUUCAAGCGAAUAUUGCAGCGACUGGCAGUGAAUUUAAAACGCCUUCACCACAUUUAGCGUUCAGUGCGCACAUAGAGCAACAACAUCAAGCAGUGAGUGGCCCUGGACGAACGGUCAUUUCACCGCCGGCGCUCUCAGAACGCGACUUUGAUUCACAAUCGUCUGUUUUGGGCAGCAUUUCAUCGAAAGGUAAUAGUACACCACAGCUACUAGCACAGGCUGUGCACGAAGAAAGUUGUGUGAUACACAGUCGUGGAUCUAGUGUCAUAACCAGCGACUUAGAAACAAGUCAACAUUCCUCCUUAGUAGCACCACCAUCCGAUAUAGAGUCCCGCUUGGAAUCCAUGAUGAUGGACGGUGAAGUGAGUCAACGAGCAACGAAUUUGGUAGAAGAACCGCUGCAGGAAGACAUCUUGGCUGUGUUACGUGGCGAUGAAAGCAUUCUUUCAGCUGCUGGUUUAAACACCGAGUCCAAUGAGCUUAAAAUGAAUGGUGUAUCGGAGAAACUGGAUACAGCUGGCAAUGAAUGUGUCCCAGCAGAGCAAAGAGAAGUUGAAAAAGAAGCCAAGACAAAUCGUCGUGUAACACGAGGACGAGGCCGUGGCGCUAAGGCGAAUUAUGUGGAAAAUGAAGAUGAAAGUAGCAGAUCACCACAGAAAACGCAACCAGUUGCAUCAACUAGAACGCGUGGGCGAAAAGCCGCCACUACAGUGCCACCUGUUCCCGUUGUGGAGGAGAAUAAUGUCCCCUCGAGUAAUAAGCGUGGUACGAGAGGGCGGCCGAAGAAGGAAGCGGUUAUAAAUAAAGAGCAGCCUAUAACUGUCACUGCAGAGGCUAAUGAAUUACCUACGAAAGCUGUCGAGGAAAAGUCAAUUCUACCCACAAUAGAGGUUGCGUUACCCCAAACAGAAGGUAGUACUGAGACACCGGCAGUCGUUUCAGCGCCAACAACACGGCGUGGCCGCCCAGCGCGAAACGCCAGCAAUAAUAAUAUUGUGAAUAAUAACAAUAAUAAUAUCAACAAAAUUGCUGCUAGUUUGUCUGCGAAAGCAGGUGCCGCCGAAGAGGCAGCAGCGGCAGCAACUAAGAGUGGCGCUACAAGUACAUCACCACUGUCUGGUAGUACACCGCCGGCGCCGCGAAGUUACAACAGAAAACGUAAGAAUCAACAAGUUACGCAAGUGUUACAACCAUCCGCAGAGGAAAUUGAAGAGCAGCAACUAAGCGCCACACCCGCUAAAGUAGCAAGUAUCGAUUACACCGAUUCGGCCACAUCAAAUGAUCUGAACGCUUGUACUUCACCUCAGUUAACCGCACAUUUGCAAACGUCAUCGCUAACGCCAACCCUAGAUCUACAUGACAGCAACUCAAAUUCCAAUUCACUUACCCGUCCAGAAAGUGUAACACCAACAUCACCGCCACGACUUGACUACAAAGUCAAAGAUAAAUUCAAGCGCACCCUAACGCUAGACAAUCAAGUUAAUUGCAAUGCGGUCGUAGAAUCGCCAACAGCUGGACUAUUGGCGGAACAUGUGGUCUACGGUGUCUGCAAUGAUGCGACUGUUGGUGCGAAUGGUGAGGAAGAACCACAGCGUGGUUCGGUAAAACUUGUGAUCUCAAAGAAAAAAGGCAGCAUAUUUAAGAGUCGUGCAUUGGUGGCACAGCAUCAGUCCGAGCAAACAGCGGCAUCCAAACGACAUCUCUACAAGCACAGUUGGGAUGCCGAAGCGAACGUCAGCACAACCGACAAUGCGAAUACUUCACCGCUGCAGAAGAACGAAACAACUGCCGGGGCUGCGGUGUUGCGAACUGCUGCCGAUGCUAUCUUCGACGACUUUAGCGAAGAUCUAAGUCCGAGCGCUGUGUCACGAGAUAAUAGUCCAGCACUUGGCAAGUUGACACGUGUGACUAAAGCCAAUAAUGCACAAAUACGAUCAAACAGCCCCUACGAUAUGGAUAUUGAUGGACAGAGUGAUACCGUUACCAGCGUAAAAGUCGAUCGCAAAGCUAAAGGAUUUUACACGGUCGUUCGUAAUGUUAAGACAGCGCAUCAAAUUCAGGAGAUUGGUGAAUACCAAGAGAUGGACGAUGAUGUCGAGUACAUACUUGAUGCACUGCAACCGCACAAUCCAACACCAACCCGCUGCCUGUCAGCUCUGCAAUUAGCCUCUAAAUGUAUGAUACCAACUUUCCGUAUGCACGUGCGGGCACAUGGCAUAGUGACCAAGUUCUUCAAGGCACUCUCAGAUGCUAAUACCGAUCAGAGCUUAGGCCUCUGUACAUCAGCAAUUAUGUUUAUCCUCUCUCAAGAAGGUCUAAAUAUGGAUCUGGAUCGUGAUUCGCUAGAAUUAAUGAUGAAUUUACUCGAAUCGGAAAUUGUUGCAGCACCCUCGGAUCGCGCUAAUUACGAGCGAAAUCGUCAAAAAGUACGUGAACUUUGUGAAGAAAUAAAAUCUCAAGGUAAAGCCGCACACCUCAAUGUGGACACACUCACAGUUGGCACAUUGGCGAUGGAAACUCUACUAUCAUUGACCUCCAAGCGUGCUGGUGAUUGGUUUAAGGAAGAGCUGCGCUCACUUGGUGGUCUCGAGCAUAUCAUCAAAACCAUUUCGGAUAAUUGUCGUCCAGUUAUAGAGUGCAGUAAUGGUGCCACACAUAUCCAUUGGACACAAUCACUGCUCGAUAAUAUGCAAACAGUCGAGCGUUGUUUGCGUGUGCUGGAGAAUGUAACGCAGUUGAAUGAAGAGAAUCAACGCUAUGUGUUGACGUAUGGCCAAGGUGCAGCGAUACAUACGUUAUGUUCACUUUUCACCCUGUGUGAUCGUGAAAUUAUGCAUCACGCAGCCGACUCAGCGGAACAUGCUGCCAAAGAUAGUCCUGGUACAGUGAUGCGUGAGCUACUCUUUCCGCUUCUCAAAGUGCUCAUCAAUUUAACCCAUAACUUCAAUCCGGUAAAAGCUUUGGGGGCCGAAAUGCUAGGCCAACGCAAUGCUGUUAUCGAAACCAGCUUCCGCCUGUUAUUGCAGGCACCCAACUACAUUCCCGAACGUUGUGUCUUUGAGCUAAGUAUACUGGUGCUGCUGCUGCUUAUCAAUCUCACCAUGUAUACGAUACCUAAUCGCGUGGCGAUUAUGAAGUCAUAUGCGCCACCCGAAUACAGUAGUCAUCAACAUAAUAAGGUGACUGCCGUGCAAGCUGUGAUGGAAUAUUUCUAUAGAUGCGAAGAAUUGGCUAGAUUGGUCGAAAAGAAUACAGAUGCCAUUUUGGAUAGUACUGAUAAGAAUAAAAAGAAACAAGAAGAAGUGGAUGAAACUGUAAAUAAUUUACUGAAAAACUCUGGCCAUCACAUGGAGCAUACUAUUAAGGGCAGUUAUGCAGCCCUGCUAAUUGGUCAUUUGAUCACGGACAAUGAGGAGUACGAAACGCUGGUGCGUAAACAUUUACGUGGAAAUGGUUUUAAGGAAAUUGUUAGUGUAUUGGAGAAAUACUACACUUUUAUGGAUCUGACAUGUUCGGAAGCUUCCGCAGUAGCGCACAUCAAAUCGACAAAGAAAUUAAUUGACUACUUCAAGAAACGUGAUUUAGUAUAUGAAAUGAACGAAACUGAUGACUGUGCGCUUCCGUUGAAUUUAGAAACACAUCACGCUUCAACAUCUGCUGCCAAUACAAAUACCAAUAAUCGUAUUGACCUUAUGGGUAAUGGCGAUAGUCCACCAACAGGGACCACAACAACACGUAGCAGUACACAACGCGUUUAUAAAAGCUAUAGUCAAAGAUAAUCACUAGACGAAUUUGUUAUUUUACACCUACACCACACAGUAGUGAUGCUACAGUAGUAGUAGUAGCAGUAGCAAUAUGCUGUAUAUUAAUUUUGAUAAAAAGAUUUAUGAUUUAUGCAUUGCUAAAAAAUGAAAAAAAAAACACAUUAAUAUCAAUUUUCCAAAACAUUUAUUGUAUUUUAAGCUAUUUCUUUCGUACACAAUUAAUUAAUAAUCUUUCUUUUGCUACAACAAUAGUAACAUGCUUUGUUUAGCUUGUGUGUGAACAAUGUGUAAUUUUAGGAUUUAUAUUGAGCAAUUUUCAAUUUAUUUAAAUUUACUGUUAUAAUAAUGCAAUCUUUUGGUAUAUAUAAAUUUUUAAACACUUAAAAGCUAAAUAUAUAUAUGUAUGUAUAUUUAAAUAGUCUUAAGUUAAGAAAUGGAAAGAGUCAGUCGGUUACUGCAAUUUUUUUUCUCAAUUAUAAUUAAUUAUUAUGAUUUUCGUACAGUAAGUAUUACAAUUAUACUCAUUUAUGUGCAAGAUAUACGUUAACGACAAAUACAUUUAUAUUACAUAUAAAUAUGUUUUGCGGAUAAGAAAGACACGAACAAAAAAGUAAAAAAAAAAAACUGACUAAAACGUUGAAAGAAGAUUAUUUAAAGAUGCAAAUGGUAAAUGUGUCUGCCUAUCUAACAUUUGAAAUAACUGUAAUUUGUAAUUCUAAAUGUAAUUGUACUUUUUAAGCAAUAUUAUUAUUAUUAUUAUUAAAUUGUAUUGUAUUUCACUGUAAAUAACAUAGAAAUUGGAUAUUUCAUAUUGGAUUUUAUUUUAAUGCUAAAGCGCACUCCACAAGUGCACACCCCCCUCCCCGACACACACACACACAUACAGAGACACUUGUAUGCAUAUAUUUACCUUACUUAUACAUAUAUAGACCGUUAACGUUUGUUUUUGUUAAAACAUUCGUAAUUGUAUUGUAGUUUAAAUUAUGUUGCGCGCAACUAUUACGUAUAUAUAAUAUGUAUGUAUGUUGUAUGUUUGUGUGAAGAGGAAAAUUUAGUGUUGUAUGUUGACAAAACUGUAAACAAAAUAACAAAACAAAUGUGACAAAAAACCAACAACUAUAAUACAUGAAAAUCACAAAAAAAAAAAAAAGAAUUCACUUAAAAUGGUCAUGUGCGUGUGUUUUUAGGAACAAAAAAAAAAGUGUGUGAAAUUUGCAUUGGGCGCAACAAUUUAGGCUACAAAAAAUCUAAAAAAAGCAAAAUUGGUUAAAUAUACAUACAUACAUUAAAAAAAACCUUAUUAGAAUGUAACAUAACACUAAUGAGAGCUGAAUGUAAUAAAAAAGAAACAAAAAAAAAUAUCACACAUACACACACACACA